AUGCUACGACUUCAAUUAUUUCUGUUGUUGCGUGAUAGAGCUUUUUUCACUACUCGAAGGUGGUCUGUUAAUGACUUUACACUUCGUACGCAUACUUGCGGAGAAUUACGUGUGGGACAUGAAAACCAAAAGGUAACUUUAUAUGGAUGGUUACAAUUCAAUCGUCUAAAUCGUUUUCUGGUUUUACGAGAUGCCUAUGGCUGUGUUCAAGCUAGAAUUCCUGAAAAAAGGAAAGAUUUAAUCGAAAAAAUCAAAAUGAUCAACUGCGAAUCUGUUCUAAAAAUUGAAGGAGUAGUUGCAGAUAGAGGUGAACAAUAUCGUAAUGCUAAUAUGCGAACAGGUGAUAUUGAGGUGUUAGUGGAUGAUUUAGAAUUAUUGAAUACUUCACCAGCAAAUUAUCCACUGAAUGAAGUAACAUCUACAGAGGAGACGAAACUUCGAUAUCGUUUUCUGGACUUAAGAACAGAGCGGAUGCAGCGAGCACUUAGGUUAAGAGCAAACGUUGUUCAUGGAAUUCGAAAAUAUUUGGUUGAAAAAGCGAAUUUUACUGAGGUGGAAACACCAACUCUGUUUCGACGAACUCCCGGUGGUUCACAUGAAUUCAUUGUUCCUGCACCAAAACCGAAUCUUAGGAAAUUUUAUUCUUUACCUCAAAGCCCUCAGCAGUUCAAACAAUUGUUAAUGUGUGGUGGUAUUGAUAGGUAUUUUCAGAUUGCUCGGUGUUAUCGUGAUGAAGGUGCAAAGUCAGAUCGACAACCUGAAUUCACACAAGUUGAUAUCGAAUUAUCUUUCACUGAUCAAGAUAAUGUUAUGAAAUUAAUAGAGAAUAUUAUUGUUGAAUCAUGGCCUAAAGAAUUGGAUGACUUGAAACCUUCAGCACCAUUUAAGCGGAUGAAAUAUUUGAAGGCAGAACGUUUAUUUGGGACAGAUAAACCAGAUUUGCGUAUUCCAUGGACUAUCGAAGAUUGCACUUCCGAGCUUUCAUUCCUACGAAAACGUGAAAUUCCAAAUUUUGUUGUGAAAAUUUUUAUUGCCAGAAAUGCAGAUGAUGUUGUAAAUGAGAAAAAUUUAGAUGAAUGGAGUCGAAUUUUGCAAGAUAAUAUGUUAUCAAAGGUUUGUAGUGUUAUUAAUUUUAAAUUUCUGAAGAUGUCUGAAAAGAAUUGGUUUGUGGAAAUUCGAAAUAACAUUCUGAUAGAAAAAUUUGGCAUCAACGAAAAAGAUAGUGCUUUGCGUCACUUGGUAGGUGAAGCGAUGCAUUUACGAGCCGAGCAGCGUAUGGAAUUUGUUUGGAUAACACAUUUUCCGUUGUUUUCACGUAACGCAGAAGGACGUCUAGAAAGUGCUCAUCAUCCUUUUACUGCUCCUAUACCUGAUGAUGUACCACUGCUUUACGAACCAAACAAACUUCUGUCGAUUACCGGUCAGCAUUAUGAUUUGGUGUUAAAUGGUGUUGAACUUGGUGGUGGUUCAAUUCGAAUUCAUAAUGCGGAUGUUCAGCGACAUGUACUUUCUACAAUAUAUGGCGAAUCAUUAGAAGAAAUGGAACAUAUGAUAAAGGCAUUAUCGUAUGGUGCUCCACCUCAUGGUGGUUUUGCAAUUGGUCUUGAUCGAUAUGUAGCUUUAUUGUUUGGACGAGGAGAUUCAAGUGUACCAAUUCGAGAUGUGAUUGCUUUUCCGAAAAGUAAGGAAGGGAACGAUCUCAUGACUAAAUGUCCUGUUGAAGCUACUCCAUCACAAUUAAGCAGGUAUGGCAUCUCUGUGCCUGUGACAAAUGAAGUAGGAGGUGAUGGAAUUAUUGAAGAUGAUAAGAUUCAAUCACCAACACAUUAA